AUGGCGCUCUCUGAUGGAAAUACCCCUGGCCAGCGUAACAAGAUCGUGCUGCUGGGUGAGCAGAGCGCAGGAAAGACAUCAAUCGUAACGCGCUUUGUAUAUGAUCACUUUAUCCCUGCAUACGCGGCUACAAUAGGAAUUGAUUUCUUGAGCAAGACAGUGACAGCAAAUGGCAAGACGAUGCGUUUGCAGUUAUGGGACACUGCUGGUCAGGAGAGAUUCCGUUCACUGAUGCCGAGUUACAUCCGGGAUUCUAGCGCGGCCAUUGUGGUCUAUGACAUUACAAACAGAGAUUCAUUUACGAGAACAAAGCAGUGGGUACAAGAGAUUAAGGAUAUGAGGGGAGAUAAGGCAGUUAUUGUUAUUGUUGGAAACAAGACAGAUUUGUUGGACAAGAGGAAAGUGUCUUACGAGGAAGGGGAGAGUCAUGCCAAGGAGAUGAAUUGUUUAUUCCGUGAGACUAGCGCCAAGAAUGGAGACAACGUCCAUGAGCUCUUUAAUUUAGUCGCAGUCAAGCUUCUAAAGACUACAGAACCUGAGCCUGUCAGCGACAAAUUGGUGGACAUCGACUUGAAGCCGUCAGUCCCGAGUGAAGAUGUUACUUGCACAGGUCGUACAAAGGCCGGGCUAUCGACCAGUUUUGCUAGCAUUACCAAAAUGUGCCCCAAGGAGUGA